AUGGCUAAUCCAGUGUUUCUGAAACUUGGCAACUUUAAGAUGUGUGAACUUCAACUCUUGGUUAAUGACUGGGGAAUUCGGGAAAUUACAACAGUGACAAAGAAAAACCCACCUAAACGUCCACCACGAAAACACGUCGUGUACAGAAAUACAGAUUUUUUCCAUCCACCGGUUCAUAGCAACAACAGCAAGAAGAGACUGAUUGAAGAUACUGAGGACUGGCACCCAAGGACUGGAACUACUCAGUCACGUUCUUUCCGGAUCCUUCAACAGAUCACAGGCACUGAACGUAUGAAAGAACCAGAAUCAGACAAUCUAAAGAAGACAAA